UAUAAAUAUGAAAUGGCUGUACCAAAUAAGCUGCAUUAGCUUCUUUUUAAGCUAUGGUUUGUUUUACCUACGGGCUAAUACAUAAAUGAAUAGGUAGUUGCCAGUUGUACAAAUAUAUGUAUGCAGUGGAAGCUAUUGAACAUGCCACUCACUUUUUUAAGAAAUAGGGAACAAUGAUGCUUCUUAAACAGUGUUAUUCAUACAUUCAGAUAAUAAAUAAAUAAAUAAAAUAUAAUUUAAUUCAAGCCGAACUGUUAAAGCUGAGGAGCAAUACAUUAUUUAGCUUACUAACUACGUUUACAGACAAAAGAGUCCGUUUCCCGUUACUGGAGUGAUCCCUCUUCAGAUAUAGAGACGAUCUUUGUGCUGUACAAAGACUGCAAAGAACUGACGCCAGCAGCCACAGUACUCAAAUCAGACUGUUUUCGGACAAGGCUGGUGUGCAAGUAAACAUUCAAGACGGACUGGUGCAAACUUAAUUCAGUCUCCUUCACGCCAUGGCCGAGGCUUUCUAAAGCGUUACACAGGGCAGGACUUUUGAACUUGUAGCCGGUUUUUGAAGUGCCAAGACACACCGGAACAGGAGGUGACCGCAAUUGACAGGAGCUCAGAUUGACAGGCAAGCCAUGAAACAUACUCCUGGGUUUGUGUUGACCAAUGGGUGAGGAUGACAUCAUGUGAGCGUGGGCUAUCGUCGCAGUGCCGUGGACUUGUAGCUGGGCAACUUUUCACCUCAAUGGACUGGGGGCCUCGUCUGCACGUGGUCGACCUCCUGCCAUCCACCUGAUAGGAGCCGCGCCGGUGUCGGAGCACGGAAGAGAGCCCGGUUUCAACGGCUCAAAUAUUGCAGCAAAGACCUCAAAGCGGGCUGACUGACCGACUGGGUGCGCUACUCACCGACUGGAGCUGUUUGAGGACACGUAGCCGGGGGGCUGGUAGCGGACGGGCGAGGGAGUCCCAGCAUGGGGGAGACAGCCGACUACCAGAAGCUGCAGGACACGUCAGAGUCUGACGACCAACGGCUGCCCAGUGAUGACGAAGAGAAACUGGGCAGCAGCAUGCAGUGUGAGGAAGGUACAGAAUGGCUGCUGGAGCUGCUGAUGGAGGUGCAGUUGCAGCAGUACUUCCUGCGGAUCCGAGAUGACCUGAACGUCACACGGCUGUCACACUUUGACUACGUCAAGAACGAAGACCUGGAGAAGAUCGGCAUGGGGCGGCCUGGACAGAGACGACUGUGGGAGGCUGUGAAAAGGAGGAAAGCCAUGUGCAAGCGUAAAUCCUGGAUGAGCAAGGUGUUUAGUGGUAAGCGCCCCGAUGGAGGAGACUUCCCCCAGCAGAGCCAGCCGGCCUCCUCCUUUCGUAAGCUGUCUCCUACACCUCCACUGGGCUUGGGGGAGGGAGUCCUGGCCACACAGCCCGGUGGCGGUGCUCCUCUGGAUGGGCAGCAGCAGGCACUGACCUGCCUCAUCCCAGAGAAGGACCUGACGCUGUUUGAGAAGCUGGGGGACGGCACUUUUGGUGUCGUGAAGAGAGGAGAGUGGCUGACGCCCGCAGGGAAGGUGCUCAAUGUAGCUGUGAAGUGUCUGAAGACAGAUGUGCUCAACCAGCCCGAAGCUUUGGAGGACUUCAUCUGUGAGGUCAACGCCAUGCACUCCCUGGACCACCAGAACAUCAUUCGCCUCUACGGUGUGGUGCUCACACACCCAAUGAAGAUGGUGACCGAGCUGGCUCCUCUGGGUUCUCUGCUGGAGCGUCUGCGAUGUGUUCGUCCACAGGGCCCGGUGCUGGUCCACACUCUGUGUCAGUAUGCGGUACAGGUGGCUUGUGGCAUGGCCUAUCUGGAGCAGAGGAGGUUCAUCCACAGGGACCUGGCCGCCAGGAACAUCCUGCUGGCCUCAGCACACAGAGUGAAGAUUGGAGAUUUUGGCCUGAUGAGGGCGCUGCCCAACAACCAUGAGCACUAUGUCAUGCAGGAGCAUCGAAAGGUCCCCUUCGCAUGGUGCGCCCCAGAGAGUUUGAAGACCAGAACGUUCUCGCAUGCCACUGACACGUGGAUGUUUGGAGUCACUCUGUGGGAGAUGUUUACUCAUGGCCAGGAGCCUUGGCUGGGCCUCAAUGGGAGCCAGAUCCUGCACAAGAUUGAUAAAGAAGGUGAACGCCUCCCGAAGCCUGAAGACUGUCCGCACGAUAUCUAUCACGUGGUGCUGCAGUGUUGGGCUCAGAAACCAGAUGACAGACCCACCUUUGUUGCCCUGCGUGAGUUCCUGCUUGAGACCAUGCCCACAGACAUGUGUGCUCUGCAGGAUUUUGAUGAGCCGGACAAACUCCAGAUCCAGGUCAAUGAUGUCAUCACCAUAAUAGAGGGGAGGGCAGACAACUACUGGUGGAGAGGUCAAAACAAGCGAACCCUUAAGUUUGGACCUUUCCCCAGAAAUGUGGUGACAUCAGUCGCGUGUUUGUCCGCUCAUGACAUCAGCCGGCCGCUCAAAAACAGCUUCAUCCACACGGGACACGGAGACAGCAACCCUCAUCGCUGCUGGGGCUUCCCAGACAGGAUUGAUGAUUUGUACCUCGGUAAUCCCAUGGAUCCUCCUGAUGUCCUUAGUGUUGACCUCAGUGGGGCUCGGCCCACACAGCUACCAGGACGAGCUCAAAAGGAGCCUCCUCCUCCUCGCCCUCCUCAACCAGCAGUGUUAAUCAAGAGUAAGUCUGGUUUCUCUCAGCAGCUCCUCACCCAUUGUUCCUGCCCUCUCUGUUCCCUCCUAGCUCCACUCCUCACAGAGCCUUGCUAUGAUCCAGUAAAUGAUGAUGAGGAUCUGAUUUCGGCAGGACUAAAGAGAUUAUCGCUUCGGAAAACGGGUUCUGUCAAAGGCUUAAAACUUCAACCUGCUGCGUGGGUCUCUGCUUCCAAACAGGGGAUUGGUCGGACUUCAGGCUCAGGCCACACCUCCAACAGGGACGUGUCCCUCAUUGACUUUGGGGAGGAGUUCCCUCCGCCAACUCCAUCCUCUUCCCCUGUGGUUGAAAUUCAGAUUCCUUCACUUGCAAAGCUAGCUUUGGAAACGGAGAACAUCAUGGACCGGACCCCGCCUCAGAGUCCGUCUCGAUCGUUACCCCGUCCCCUUCACCCUACACCAGUAGUGGACUGGGAUGCUCGGCCAUUACCCCCACCUCCGGCCUAUGACGAUGUCGCCCAAGACGAAGACGACAUGGAGGUGAGCUCUAUCAACAGCUCGGAGCAGCCGCAUGAAGAGGAGCACAGUGAUAUCCAUAACCCAGAUGAGGCUCUUUUCUCGAGACCUCCGGUUGAGGGUGAUGCUCUUGUUUCCAGGGGUCCAGACAGAUCAGGUCUGGAGGACAACCUCUUUCUCCCCAGCAAGCAGAGCCAGGUUCUGUCCACUUCCUUCUCUCAGUCAGCAGAGAUCUUCCAAGAACUCCAGCAAGAGUGCAUGAAGAGGCUGAACGUACCGACUGGAAGUGCUGCACGGUCAAGCUCGCCGUCGCAGAUCUCGUGUCCCCAGACACGACCGACCGAGCAGCGGCACCACCAAAGUGUCUUCUCCUCCAAUGAGGACAAACCCCAGAUCCCCCCCCGUGUCCCCAUCCCGCCUCGCCCCAUAAAGAGGGGCGACUACACGUCUGCUCGCUGGUCACGGGAUCUCUCCCUGUCGCCGACACCAGCCGACACCACAGAGGAAGUUUCAGGCCCAAAGCAGGAGCGACCACCUCAGAUCCCUCCCAGAGACCCGUUGUCCCAGUCGGGCUCCAGGACUCCCAGCCCCAUGGGCUCGGUGGUGGGCUCCCCCCAGCAGAGACUCUACACUGUCAGCCCCACCGCCAUGCAGGCUCCCCUCACCUCCAGUCCCUCUCCACACACCUACGGCUCCUACCUCUCCAGCUCUCCGGGUAAACUCAUGCCGACCACGCACAGCUUUGCCUCAGAUCCUAAAUAUGCUGCCCCCAAAGUGAUCCAGGUGCAGGGGAAGGAGUCCGCCAGCAGAGGCCCAUGUAUCCUCCCCAUCGUCCGCGAUGGCAUUAAAGUCAGUAACACCCACUAUUACCUUCUGCCAGAGAGGCCGCCGUACCUCCACCGCUACGACCGCUUCUUCAGGGAGGCGGAUAGCCAGCCUUCCAGCAGUGUGGAGGAAAGACAAGUACGGCACGCAAACACCGCCAUGGUCAGACCCAUGGUGGUCAGCAGCCAGGUCCUCCAGAGACACGCCCAGGGACAGGGGCUUGUCCAGCCAGGCGAGCUGAAGGCUAAUUUCUCCUCCAACAAUAACAGCAGUCUGGAUGGGCCCCGGUCAGGGAUGAAGGCGUUAGUUAGUCUACCUCGCGUCUGUUCAGACGGGCCGUCGCCACCGGUCGGCACUGCUUCCUGCAUCAGGACGGACGGCGGCGGGAACUCGGCUGACAAGGUCAAAAUGGUGCAGGAGGCAGUUCACGGGGUCACAAUGGACGAGUGCCAAGCCGCCCUCCACAACCACAGCUUGAAUGUCCAGAAAGCCGUGCAUUAUCUAAAGGUGGAGCAGUUGUUCUGUUUGGGUCUGAGGAGCAGGCCCGAGUGUCUCAAGCUGUUGGAGAUGUGUGACUGGAACCUGGAGGUGGCCAGCACUCGGAUGUUGGAUACCUAUGGAUCCACAACAAGACAGAGACGGUGACAGACAUCUCAAGCUGCUGAGCUCUGAUUGGAACUUCAUCCUCAGUCAAAUCAUCAGAACAGGUGAAUCAGUUCCUGAGCCUUCCCAUAUAUAAGACUGUUAUUUAACUAUCGGAGAAUCAAGCACAUUUUCACUGAACUAGCACAAAUUACCAAACUUUAUUAUGGCUCUAUUCAUACCUGACAUGGAUUAAGGACAGUUGUUUGCUUGGUGCGUGACUGACCUCCUUUCCUAAGUUCAGAGACAUAAAUGGCACUGUUCUUCAAUUUCAAUGGAUGCGCCUGAAUGUGUCAUCCACACAGGUUCUGCCUCGUCACGCGUGGUGCGACUCACUGUGACAUCACCCACUCGCAUCCUCACUGCCGCAAUUGCACUGUUCUUUUGAUAAUGUCCUUAAAACACCAGAUUGAAAGGCAACAGGUUGUAAAGCACAUUAUACACAGCGGCACGUCUAGGAUCUCAUCGGAAUACUGUGGAGUGACCUCUACAACGCAAAAUGUAUAAAUACACAUAUGUGUUUGUUUACAAAAUAUUGAUAAAUUAUUUUAAUAUAUUUUGAAUGCUACGAGACAAGAGAAGACUGUUAUGUUCGUUACUGAGCUCGUCAUUUGAUUAAUUAUUUAAAUGAGCGUGGCUUCAGAACAAAAGGGCCCCUCGGCCAGUGGACACUUCCGACUAAAGUAUUUCCUUCUUCCUUGCCUCUGCACUUUGCCCAAACAUAACUUCUGCGUACCAGCUGAAAACUCCUGCCAGCUGGGUAUUUUCUGCAUACUAUGUUUGCAGCUAAUAAAAGCAACGCUGGGAACUUUACCCAAGGCACAGAUCCUGUCCCAGAAUCAGCACUUAAAAUAACCAAGUGUCAGCAGUAUUUUGGUCAGCAGCUUUGGGGCAGUAAUUUAGAACUGGACUGCCGUGGCAGCCGAGUGUGAACCUUCUGCUGGGCAUGACGAUGCAUGUUCUGAGUCACAGGAGACACUCGACAAUGAACAUGAGACCUUCCGGAUGUGAGGACUCCACUAAAGGAAGGGAAACAAAAGGCAUUCCACUUGCUGCUGGAAUUCACUUUUCUUUGGCCGACCAAAUGUCAACCAACAAAAUACUUUAGAUAAGAUGAGAUAAGAUAUGUACUUGUAACAUGUUUACAUAAAAUACAAUAAAUUAGCAGGGCAGGACAUAUUGCAUUUAGGAAUUUAAAUAAUAAAGGACAUGAAAAUGUUACAAUGAAAAUGUGUAUACAGUGUCUCUAAGUGUAUAUAAAGUAUAAAGUGAAAUUACUGGCAGUUCAUGGUCAGCACACAUGAUCCUUCAGUGCUAUAGGAAAUAAGAACCCGUUUUUGCCAACGAGUACCCAACUGCUUCCCCAUGAGGGCGUUGGCUUUGCUCCCACCAGUCCCUCCAUAGGUCCACAAAAACGUGUGUGAAAGGUCCCGGCACCAUCUGGGUGGGCAAAAGCUCCAAAUGGCCUCUGAGAAGCUCAAAUGGAACCAUAAGAAGCCACCUGCUACCUGCUGGGCGGAUUUAAAGGGCUUGUAAGAAUAAACACACGUGUGUUAGGAAUAUAUUUCUAAACGAUGUCCAGGAUGAUUUUGGAUGAUACCUCCAGUUAAAGUGUUCUUCUGUGUGCAAUAAGGCUGCUGUGGAACCAGUGCCCUCCCAGUCUGUAAAUCCAUCAGUGUCAUCCAGUUGUGUCAAAAUAAGUUAUGAUGUAUUCUCGUCAUUUAAUGCACGGAAGAAAACAAACUAUCAGAAUAAAGUGUUUGGUCACUCAGUUGUCCUCCCUGGGAGCAGGAUACAGUUGUACUUAAACACUGAUCCCAAGUCAGUGUUUCCAAUCUUUCCCUGUAAUGUGUUGUGAUUGUGAACCAGUGUGUGUGAGGGCGGCCUCCUCACUGUGUUGUUGGUCUGGAUACCAAGCUGCUGUCGUGUAUUGAAGCACUGAAGUGAACCUUGUGGUGUUAUGAUCAACACAAAGCAACAUUAUUAUGUUGUGGUGUUUAAACUCUGUUCAGUUCUGUUUCAUCUUUGUUUGCCAUAUCAGAUUCUUCAGAAAAUGUCUGUUUUGAAUCAUUUUGUUUCCCUUCAAAAACAACUUGCCAUUUCUUCCUCAUGUGUUUGUAUUUACUUACAGAAUCUCUUUUAAAUGCCUAUUUCAUUAUUUUACUCUUCCUGGGUUGAUGGAAAUGUUCUUCAUGCUGCCGAAUUCAUAAAUGUAUUUUUUAUUAAAGAUUUCAUUAUUUUUUA